CCCGGCAGCGGCCGCGGCCCCGCGAUGGAGGCGGGCGAGCGGCGGCGGCUGCGGCGGGAGGCGGCUGAGUAUUACCGAGGGCACCGUGUGCCGGAGCGGAUGGAGGACGCGCUGAACGCCCUGUUCCCGCUGCACCCCGAGGAUCUCUACGGGGAGCUGGCUAACUACUUUUCUAAAUUUUCAAAAGCUCCUGUAAUAUGCAAAUUAGUUGGAAGGAAAGUUCUUGAUGGAGUUGGUCAGCCAACACUAGAAGUGGAAAUAUACUGUACAGUUAAAAACUGUGAGAAGAGGAUUUGUUCCACUGUUAUGGCUACUCAUUCUCAAAUACCUGAAAAUGUUUUACCUGAAACAAUUGAAGCUGAUGAGAAAGAAAGAAAUGACUCUGUUCAUACUGCUGUGGAAUGGGUCAGUGAAUCACUGAACACAAUGUUAAGGGACUUGGACCCUACUGACCAGUGUCAAGCUGAUAAGAUUCUUGGUGAAUACUUUGCAAACAAGGAAGAAGAAAAAAAGGAAAUUGAAAGGCAAGAAAAAGAAAAACAAGAGCAAGAAGAAGCAGCAAAAGUCACUACUUCCCCUGCUUCGUGCCGUUCAGCCUCAACACCUAAGCAAAAAAAGGGACGAAAAUCAGGAAAGAAGGUGUCAGAGGGAGGGAAUACCAUCCCAGCUGCAGAACCUGCUGAGCCCGUGCUGUGUGGCAGCUUGGCCAUUGGGGGAGCAUCACUUGCCGUAGCAAAGGCUGGGGCCACCAUUAGCUGUGUGCCACUGUACUUACAUACUGCACUGCUGAAACACAGCCAGGAGUCACCUAAAGAAAUGACUCUACCACUCCCGAUGAUUACUGUGUUGAACUGUGAAAAAAAUUCACCUACAAAACUGAAAUUAGUCAAAGAAGUUAUGCUUAUACCACCAGCUGAGUUACCACUCCAGCAGGGCAUAGAAAGAGUUCUGGAAAUUCAGAAAGAAAUGACAAGAAAGUUGGAGUCUCCAGCCAAAACGCCUGGUUCACGAGCAGACAGUAGGAAAGGAAAAGCACAAAAAGCCCUGCCACCACCCUUAAGAAUAUCACACUUAGGCUGCAUGACAACAGGAUAUGAUAGUCUAGAACAACUGGUACUCCAAAUGCAAACAGCUUGCAACAGUUUAGGUCUGGAGCUGGGAAAAGACAUGUACUUAGCAAUAAAUUGUGCUGCUCAUGAAUUAAUGGAUUAUGGUAAAGAAAAAUAUGAAAUACUCACUGGAACAUUCAAAAGUCCUGAUGAAAUGGUUGCCAUGUAUGUGGAAAUGAUUAAAAAUUUUCCUUUUAUUAUUGCAUUAAUAGAUCCUUUAAGAAAAGAGGACAAAGAACAGUGGAGUAGGAUCUGUUGUGCCCUUGGUUCCAAAUGCUUCCUGAUUGCUGAAGAUGCUGCCACGCAAAUUUCCAAACUCAAAAGCGACCAAAACAUAAACAUAGCAAUGUGCAGUGGUGUUGUCCUAAAGUACAUUAACCAAACCAAGGUGUCAGACCUCAUAGAACUGACUGGAAUUCUGGAUGGUCAAAGACAUAUCACCAUAUUAGGAAGUCCAGACAGAGAAUCUUCAGAUGAGAGCCUCGUGGAUCUGGCCGUGGGCCUGGGUGCCAGGUUCCUCAAGCUGGGAGGUCUGUCCCGCGGAGAAAGGGUGGCCAAAUACAACCGGCUGCUGGCCAUAGAGGAGGAGCUGGCCGCGAAUGGAGCGCUGCGUAAAGCAAAAUUUGAAUUUGUUGAUUUUGCUGAAGAGUCACAGCCAGGAAAACCUCCUGAUGUGCUUCCUGUCCCAAAGCAGGUAGAGCUGCCUCCACAGCCAGCCCUGCAGAUUCACAGCCUGCCUGCUCACCUCCCAGAGAACACCACACUAACCUAGGAUGUCAACAUUAACUUUGGGAUAAAAUUCUAAGGAAAAACAUUUUACUAAGAAACUCACAUAUUAACUAUUCCUAAAUCCAUUUAUUUUCGAGCAGUUGAGCCAAAUAUCUCUAAGAAUUUCAAAUACUGGCUUCUCUUUUCCCAGGGACCAUUGCCUUCAGCUGAAACCAAAUUAACUGAGCAGUGACUAUAGUCUGAAAAUACCACAAAAUUCUAGGCUGUGUUUACAAAUUGCCAAUACAAAUACUGCUGCGUUAAGUCCAAAACUAAAUGUUUGUUUUGAGAAAAUCAGAAUCUCCCUGCAGACAAAGAGCAAGCUGUUGACAAACAGCAAAAAAACCCCAAACACAAACAGAACACCACAUUUUACAAAAAAACAAAGGCCUUGAGUGUUAUGCUGCUCCAUCCUCCCCACCCCCUCAGUGCUGCUCUGAGAUCCAGCCUGCAAAGGAGAUUUUGCUGCACUUGCAGCCCUCAAGACAAGUGCAAACCCCAAAUGUUGGGCACAGAGCUGUGACUGGCAUCACAGCAGUUGUCAGCAGUGAGUAACAAGUCAAUUCCACAAGGUCUGGGAAACUUGUCAGGAGUCUUUUUAAUAAGCAACAAAAGUUAAAGAAAUAAUUUAUGUUCUAGGUAACAAAACAGUUUAAGUAAAAGAAAUGCUUCUUGAAAAACUUCUGGGUUUUGCAUAAUUUGAAAAUCUGAACAUAUAAUACAGCAGCAAUAAUUUGAGGAAAAAAUACAUAUAUGAAAUUUUGCAUUUUAAGUUCAGUGUAACAGACAACUAAGUAAAAAAUUAACAACCAGAACCAACUGCCCCCAAGAAAUAAAAAUAUAAAUGAGAGACAAAUUUCCACAAGUUUAUGAACUGUAUGUAAUUCAGUCAUUAGAUCAAGUCCAAGAUUUUCGUAGCAAACAUGCAAAAACCACCAAAAUAGAUGUGAAACCACCACACUCAUUACUAUCAUUUUAUUUUUAGGAAAAGCACCAGACAGUUGCAUGCAGAGCCAAACCAACAAACUCAGAACAUUCAUCCUUCAAUACUAUCACUGUUUCAGAUAAUUAAAUAAAAAAGAAUCCAAGUGCAUUCAAGUACGUGCCCACCCAAUUUCAGUUACACCAAUCUUUAGGUAAAUCCCUGAUUCCAUUUGUUCAUUACAAAAGAAUGAGAUACUGUGCUGAAUUUAAAGGGACUACAAUGGAAUGUGAAUUGGCAGUGGAGCAAAUCAAUGAUGUUCCUAUCUCACCGUUGUCAGAGGAAAUAAGGGCUGAGGGAAACUGGGAUUUGUGUUAUCAAAUACAGACACCUGAAGUGUCACCUAAUAAAGAAAUUAAUGCCACCAGUGUGUGCCAGGUUCAAAGCAAGGGCUCAUUUUGUUAGCACUGUGAGCUUUCAGCUGGGAGUUCUCAGAAUGUUGAUGAUUCCCAAGAACUUGCAGUCCUGGAAUGAAUCCCAAACGCAGCCCAUACCCACUGGAGCCUAAGGCAAGUUAUUUUUGUGCAGCAACAAAGACAGACUCCAGCUGCAGCAGUCCCAAAAGCUGCUGUGUAACAUUAAAAGAAAAAUCAGGAGCAAGUCCUCCUUUGCAAAGCUUUUAACCCAACUGAGAGCACCAGUCCCACAAACCCCUGACUCUGGCUAUCACUGCCAAAAAUCUUGGUACCACAAUGAGAUGCUGCACUGCCUCUGCAUUUCAGUCUCUGUCCCCUGACAAUCUGAGACAGAAGGGUUGUGCUUGUGCUUUUCAUUUCCUCCCUGUGUGGGGACAGCAACAAGAUCUUGGUUUAAGUGGGUAUCAAAACAUUUUUAGAGCAAUGUGUCUAAACAUAUUUUUAUUAAUAAUUAGUAACACCCCCUGAAGCUGAUGAGGGUGUUAUCACUUACAGGGUCUAACCCAAACCUGUCCAGCUCAAGAGGGAUGCAGGGGGCUUCUGGCAAGCUUUGGAACAGACCUUCAACAAGGCAUCUUCUCAAUAAAAGAAGAGUUAAAAAAGCCUCUUCAAAUCCAUUUUUAAAGGUAACUGACACAAUCUAAGAAAUUAAUAACCAUACCUGCAAAAUUAAAAUGGGAAAGGGAUUUUGAGUGACACACAGUUAUUUAACACUUCAGUGCAUGUAACAAAAGCUGCAUACAAAAGACCAUUUCAAUCUGUAUUAUUUCUGUCUGGAGUACAGACCGUGGCCCCUAGUAACACACCUAAGCAAUUCACAUGUCCAGAUAAUGAUUCCCAAAAGGUACAGCCUUGCAGAGUAACAAUUAACAGCUAGAACUAUCUGUUUCUUUUAUUUUCCCAACAUUAGUUUCUUUAUGCAGUGGCUUGCUUUU